AUGCGUACAGGUAUCAUUUUAUUCUUCUGUUUGGUUCUUAUUGCGAUCGUUCAUGGUAACAAACGAAUGUCACUUGGUGAUGAUGAUGAUUUCGAUAACAACAUGGAAUUAUCAGUGGCUGAAGCAAGAUCAUUUUUAGAAGAACGUGGCUUUGAUAAUAGUGACAGUUCUGACGAUGAUGAUAACACCGUAAGCAUUGCUGAUUCACUAAAACGUGCUCAAGGUGAUUGCGUUCGAUGUAAAGGCAAAAUUGCAAUGUGUUGUUGGCCAAAUUUUUGUAAAAAACAUUUUAUUAGAUUGAAUGAAUGUGUCGAAGUUAAAGUCAGACGUUGA